UGGAGAUUGUAGUUAGGGGAAUUACAGUUUGCCACGUAAAAGCAGCAUAUAACCAGUAUAACUUAAGAGUUUGAAUACUUAAAAUUGUUUUUAGUUGGUGUAUAGUUGUUAUCGCAAUCACAAGCUCUUCGGAAUGGCUACCAGGAAACAGUUGGAGAAAGAGAUGCGGGAUGUUUUGGGUGGAAAUAAAUAUUCUGUGGCUAAAAAGCUUAAAAUCGCAUCACUCUCCACCAAAAAAUUAAUAGCCUUUUUAAAGGCGAGAAGUGUUCCUAUAGAAUAUCCCACGGAACGUGCAUAUUUAGUGGACUUACUUAAAGCUGUAAUGGACGGUAGCGAUGAAAUAUUAGAUAUUCAAGAGGUUGAUAUUGAGAAUAUGACAGAUGUCGAAUUACAAAUGGGCGUUUUGCAAGUUUGCAAACCAAAAAAAUCAGUACGAGAAAUACAACAAGAAUUGGCGGAAAAUUGCGGAUUUCAACAAGCUGUUAUAUGGGAUCUGACGAAGGGAAAUUCUAGUGAUUUUAUGCAGGAAAAAAUCAAACAACUUAUACCAGAUCAAGAAAAAGGACAAAAUUCAGUUGAGAAAAUGCGCGCAAGUAUUUUCAAUAGUGUAUGGGCACAAAGAAAAUACACCAAUGGUAAUUCACUUACUUCCAUAUUCUAUGUUAUGGUUACUCCAGAGGAGAAUUUGGUUCCUGCCAGAGAAUCGACUACGUUUUCAUGUCAUCCAGUAUUUCGUUGUCGAAAAUGUAUAGUUGAUAACAACGACAGUAGUAAUUGCUGCAUGAUUUAUGUGGACGAAACAGGAAGAGUAUAUCAGAACUGGAAUUCAUUUAUUGAGGAUAAUGUUUUGCCAGCCGGUAUUCUGGUAACACCACGGCGUGGAGUUUAUAAUUUUGAUGAACGUAACAAUGUUAUCUUGGAAAUUUAUCGCACACCUAACGGUAAGCCGGGAACUAAACUUAUGAAUGCAGCACAAACUGGUUCGGCAGUACUGGGGAUGGGUGCGGCAGUUGUGCCUUUGGCUGCAUUGGCAUUGCCCAUCGCAGCGCCUGUUGUAGCUGGAGCGGCCUUAGUUGGUCUAGGCGUUGGUGCAUUUACAAGUAUUACAUCCGCUCUUAAUUUAAGAGAUCGAGCCAAACAUGAACAAACGUUAAGUGUAAUGGAUAGUCAGGCAAGGUCCAACUACCUGGGUGUAGCGGGUGGCAUUUUAGGUAUGGCAGCGGCUGGUGCAACGCGUGCAAUGACAUCAAUGGCUGCCGCAGGAAAAGCAACAAAGGGUCUUGAAGUUCUUGUGAAUGGCAUUAACGUAUCCAGCAUUGUACUUUCUGGUAGUGGAGUUGCUAAUGGAGCUUUGGAUCUCAUUUUUAAAUUUCGCGAUAAUGAUGAAAUAUCAUCAAUAGAUAUUCUACAGUUGUCUGCAUCCUUGGUGUUGUUUACACAUUCGUUAUACAACUUCCAAUUGGCAUCGCGCAUAGCAAAUGAUGCCCGCACAAACUCUAUAAAAAGUUACCGUGAGGCACUGAGUGGCCGCCAAAGACGCAUGUUCGAUAAAAUGUCAAAGGAAACUAUUCGCACAAGUGGAGAGAAACAGGGAAAAAUCGAUAUAGUUCGCAAUAUAAAUAAAAUCCCCGACCGCCAAUUUUUAAAUGAUAUGUUCAAGGUCAAUAAACAAAUGAAUAAAGCUAAUGUAAAGCCAUCAUUUGGUCCUAAUGGUCUUGUACUAAACAAUGAAGUACCCAUUGAUGCCGCUGCACUAAGACAAAAUGUUAAUAUAUUGAAGCAAGUAACGAAUCCGAUACCCUCUACUCAUCAGGCUGCAUCGGGCAGUGACACAGCUUUGACAGCGGGACGCUUAUAUUAUACCACCAAUGAAGCUACCAGCAGGAGAGAAUGCAACAAUUUAUGUGAUGUUCUAAAUGAUUCUCGAAAUUUCGGCAUCUCAAAGGAAAUACUCGGAUCGCUUUACUUAACACUGUCAAAUGGCAUUGGAAUCUGUUUAAAGGAUUAUGGCAACAAAUUUCUACAAAACAUAAUAGAUUCAGAAAAAUUUCAGGAUGUUAUUUCAACUAUGGCUAAAAAUUUUCCAGAGAAUAUUUGCAAACAUAUUUUGGGUUUAGCCCAACGUUUCAUCGACGACAUGUUGGAUGAAAUAAUGCGACAAGUGCGCUCUUCUAUUUCCACCGAAUCUAUUAUUUAUCGCAUACUCGAACUUUUUGUGAAAAAAUAUAAGGAUGUGCCAUACGCGUAUAUUGCCGCAGAGUCCGAUAAAAUACUGAUGACUAUUAAAAUAUAUUUCUUAUCAUUGAAUACCAGUGGCUAUGGAGGUACUACAAAGUGCACUCAUUGCGUAGGACGCUAUUCUGUGUGUAGUUUGUAAAGGUUAAUGAGUAAGGUUGUGCAAAUUUCUGUUCGAGGCUAUCUACGUCUACCAACUCUUCGAAUGGCUUGGACAAAGGCUCACCACUAGUUAUAGGCUAUAAAAUGAAGCACAUAAUAAUGGAAUUAAGCAAACAAUAAGGCAUAACUUUCUUUAAGGCUCAAAUAUACAAGAGCAAAGGCAUUUUUUGAUCAAAUUUUUCUAGAUUUAUCUAAUGUGUUAAUUCUUUGUGCUUUUCACAAAAAGACUGCUAUUUAUUUAAGCAUGUCUUCGAUUUUAUUAAAUGUAAGAAACAGAAACUCAAUACCUUCAGGUGCCUUGCAAGGUUUUGAGACCAAUACUAAAUGCACAAAUUUACGAUUAUUUUAUACAAUACAUAUUAUUAACAAUGUUCUAAUAAAAAUUAAGCAUAUCAAAAACAAA